UUUGUUUCGUACACACACUCACAUACAUACAUACACACAAUUAGGAGAAGAAUCUGAAGACGAAAAAAUUCCGAAUGGCAACAUCAAAAGUUUUUUGUGUAGAUUUAUUUCGGUAGAACAAUUAUACAAAUCCGUCCAAGUUGUGAAAAUUUUAUGGAAAAAGGCACAAAUACUGGCAGAAAAAUGCAGGGACACUAAAUGAAAGCACAAUGGAUAUUUUGUAGAUGUGCCGAAAAAAAUCUAUCACUACCAGCGUUUAGAGUUUAGAGGAUUUUUAAUAUUGGCCUGGUAUCUGAUCUGUGAAACCCACAUACACACUCACGCAAGCUUGUGCUGGUGUGUCGUUGAACGGAAACAGCAGGAGUAGGAAGAGUGGGAUGGUGAUGAUGAUGACGGGCAAUCUACAUUUUGUUCUAUUAAAGAUAAAUGACACGGAUAUUUGUCAAUUGCAACAGGAGCAAAGAGACGUCGCUGCAUUGGGUCGAUUGCUCACUGAAAAUCCCGAGGAAAAUGUUGUGUUGCAACUAAAACGAAAAGCAGGCUACUGGGCUAGCAAGUCUACGGCAGUCGGAGACAACGAAGAGACAGAGAUAAGCAAAAGAAUUUGCUAUCUGAAGAUACAGCAGAAUGUCGAUAGUGAUGAAACGUUGGCAACAAAUGUUGAAGGAACGACGAAUAAUGAUGGUUCCUCACCGGCGCCGAAACCAAUGGAAAUUAUAAUGAAUCUAUAUUUUCCAAAUACAGUGUCUGAUGAGGGAUUUGUUCAAUCGAAGUCCACCCAAACCGAUGACAUGGCCUACUAUGUACACGAACAAUUACGUAACAUCCAAAAGGACACCGAGCGCCUCAUUGAGGAGGAGCACAAUUUGUUCGAACAAAGUUUGGCACCAGAAAUUGACAUUGAGGAAAUUACGUUGCGCAAGACGCACAGUCAUGAACGUUUGGGUCUGACGGUUUGCUACAGCAAUGGUGAAGAGUAUGGAGAAAGUGGUGUAGAUGGGGGCGCUGGAAGUGGUGGCAGUGGAAAUGAAGUAUAUGGAGGUUCUAGUGUUACUGAGGUCUAUAUAAGUGAUAUACACGCUGACAGUGUCGCUGGUCGAGAUGGACGUCUGCGGCAGGGAGAUCAGAUUCUACAGAUAAAUGGCAAGGACAUAACCACCAGGGAAGAAACGGAAACGUUGAUUGCCGAAAACAAUAAUGCUGUAACCCUGUUAGUGAGUCGUUAUUUGUAUGGAGAAGAUGAUUUUAACGAUCCGUCUACAAAUGAAGAUGACGAUGAGGUGUUGGUGGUAGAAGAUGAUGAAGAUGACGAUGAUGAGGAAUAUUAUGACGAGAACAAUAUGACAUACGUAAACUGCAUGACCAACAACGAUUGCUGCCUUAACAAUGUGGAUGAUUUCGAUAAGGCUUUGUUGUCUCAGGUGGAGCAACAGCAUCAAGAGCCGACCAAUGAAACCAUUGAACCAGCUGCCAAUAAUAUGCCUAAAGAGAAAACCAAAAUUCCCAAGAAUGAUCGGAAAACCUCUAGUAUGUUAAGACAAAAUAGCAAUUCAACAAAUCUCACAGCCACUGCCACAAAUGUCAUUUCAAAUAUGGACACUGCCACCAAAUCCAUAUCGUCUUCGACUCGCAAUGCAGCAGAAAAUAAAACAAGUGAUUAUUAUGAGUCUGAACACAUUUACGAAACUAUUCCCGAAGAUCCCGAAUCGGAGCCGUUUUAUUGUUCGCCCUACGACAGCUCUGUGUAUGUCACUGCCAUAGCCUCAUGUUCCUCCUCAACCAUGACCGAUGCAUUGCAACACCAAAUGCAACAGCAUAAACAGCGAGUGGUCCAGUGGUUGGGUAUAAAUCCCUCCCAUGGCAUUUGCCAUACAGCAUUACCGCGUCAUGCGGGUCGUAACACAAGUGGAGGCGGCGGACGUAGCUUAAAGAGUCGCCAUAAAAUCAGCUCAGUGGGUACAAUGCGCAGCACAGUGACCUCACUCACCAAUGGAUCAUCGCUGGAUGGAGGUAUUGGUUCUGCAAUGACAUUGCCAGCUUCUCAAGUUGACGAUCAAGAUAAUUCGUCGAGUGCAUAUAAUACCGGCGGGUCCAAUAACAGUGUGUCCCCUCAUUCCGUAGUGUUAACGGGAAAACUUCGUGGCCCAGACGUGUACACUAACACACCAAGUGGGGUACCAUCUUUGGCGGCAACCACAUCAACAGAUGAUGUCAUGGCAAUGCAGCAAAUAUUGAUGCAACAACAUAAGCUAGCCAAUCAAACUAAGAUACUGUCGCCAAAAGACAAAAAUAAAAUAACAAGUCCAAAAAGUGCCAACAAACUGCCUUUUGUUGAGCAGAGCAUUGGUAUUGGCGGAAAAUCCAGCGGUGGCAUAACAUAUAAUAGCAAUGAUACGACUAACAUUCAACGAAGUUCAAUGGUACAGCAACAUUUAAUAAAGCAAUCACCUUUGAGCAUCGACAAGAUAGGUGCACCCCAACAGUUGUCAUACUAUCAACAUCAAGUGGCAACAAAUAACGAACAAAUGCAUUGCCCCCAGUUCACGGCACCCAAUUUGAGUCAAUACCAUUUUGUUAGCAGUCAAGAGGUAAACAAUUUGUCUCUUAACAAUAAAAUACCAAAGUCUUCCCCCACAGUAGCUGAAACGGCAGCUAGUAGUAGUAAUGUAAAGAAGGAUGGCGAAGAAGAGGCCAUGGUGUGGAAGGUCAAACGACGACCAGACGGCACACGUUACAUAGUACGGCGGCCGGCAAAAAGUCGUGUAAUCAAAGAACGUAGUGUUCGGCUCAACGUGGAACGUUUGAGGGAUGACGUUACAACAACAGAAGAUGAUACAAUGUCCGAAAUAAAAACUGGACGAUAUUGGACACGAGAGGAACGCAAGAAGCACAUUGAGAAGGCCAAGGAACGUCGUCAGCAGCAACAAAUGCAGUAUCAGCAACAAUUGCAACAGCAGUUGAAUAAAACAGCAGAUGCCACGGUAACCGAUAACCAGCCCCAUUUUUUAAGCUUUUCACGUCAAAAAUAUCGACAACAUUAUCAGUUACAAUUCAAUACGGCUCAAGCGGAGGCAGCAGCACAAAAGCAUAAAUCAUCCCUUAAUUAUUCAUCACAAGCUUCCAAUAAUUUGCAUGAUGAUGGUAGCACGUGUGGCGUAGGUGCUGUUGAACAAAGUGAUAAUGUGACCAAUAUGUCGGCAACAGUGACCGUUAAUCCAACGCCUGGCAAUCACAUGAUGGCAGCCACAUCGAACGAGCGCAAUAAUCUUAAUAGCAAUAUGGUAUCCGUCACAACUGUAUAAAUAUCCAAAUUCCUAAAUAUUUGUAACGAUUUGUUUUUUGUUUUUAAUAAUCUAAAGAUAAUUUUUUUGAGAAUUUUAAGGUGAUUUUAAGGAAACUAGUAUGUGAGUUGAUAAAUUGUAAUGAUGGACUUUGUCCCCAAGAUGCAGAUUACAUUUCUUAGUUCUUUUAGAUUCUUCAUAGAAUGUAUAUUCCGGAAAAUCAACAAUGAAUGUAGUAUGGCAUGGUCAGGAUGUUUUCAAAUGAAAUAUGUAGGAAUCUGCAAUGUGAUUCUUAAAUACAGGGUGCGAUAAAAAAUUGCAAAAAAGGCAAACGCCACAAUUUUUAAUUUUUUUUUUAAUAUUUUUGAAUGAAAGCAAAAAAUGUCGGAAAUAGGAUAAGAAUAAGUUUGGCAUAGAAUAAGUUUAGAUUUGUUUGAGGUGAUAGACACUUUGGUAUUUUUUAGUGCCAACCUUGCUUUCCAAAAUACUCCAGACACAAUAGUCCAACGGAUUGGUAUCCGGAGAUUUUGGUGGCCAUUGUGCGCUGGAAAUGGAGAAAGGAACCUAUUUUUGUAACUAUUCUUGGGUCGCGCGUGCUGAGUACGAUCGUGCUGAGUCAACAGGACUGCAGCCAAAAUGUUUGGGUGCCCAAGGCUUUAAUACACCAUCCAGAAUAUUUUCGCGAUAAUAUUCGGAAUUUAUUCUGAUGCCACGGUCGAUUAAUACGAGCGGAGUGCGAACAUCGGCUGUUAAGACAGGCCACACCAUCACCAUGGCCGGCGCUUAAGUUCUGGUGGCCAUCCGAAGGUGCACAUUUUCAGCUGACCUCUUUGGCACGUAAACACGAUCAUUUUGUUUGUUUACAAACUGCUGAAUAACAAAUGUUUUCUCAUCGGAGAAAACCAAAUUCAGCAGUUCACCACUUUCGGCCAGGCGAAGCAAGUCUUUAGCUCUUUUGAGUCUAUUUUCUUUUUGGAAUUUUAAUGGCUUUACCCCGCGCUCAUUUUUCAAUAUUUGCCGAAUGGAAUAUUGCGAUAUGUUCAGCUCACGGGCCAUUUUUCGGCCACUGCGACGCGGGUUUCGAACAAGUCGCUUCAUUACUUUUCGAACCAUUUCUGCUGAUGUUGCUCUUUUCUUCCGUCUACUUUCUUGACGUCGGGCUACGCUACCAGUAUAACGGUAACGAGACACAAAAGAUUUAUUCACAUUUAAAUGCUGGAGUGCUCUUACGAUAGCCACUUGUGGUUUUCCAGCCAAAUAUAAAGAAAUCACACUAUCACGCUUGAAUUCCAUCACGAAUAGGUUAGGUUAGGUUAGGUUAAAGGACGCGCGAUUGCCAUGUGAAAAAUUCUCACAAAAAUGCUUUUGUACGCUUGUAAACUAUAUAAUAAGCUGUCACUGGAAAAAAUUUAACAACUGACGGACAAGUGGCUUAGAAAUUACAGUUUGCAGUUGCAGUUUCUCCUCCCACCCUGUAUAUCCCAUAUAAAUUUUGGCGAAAAGUCAACCAUUGAUAUAGUAUAAAAUGGUCAGGGUGUUUUCAAAUCAAAUAUGUAGGAAUCUGCAAUGUGAUUCUCAAAUAUAUUGAAAUUUGUUGUGAGAUUCUCCAACACUUGAUCUAAAUUAGUUGUUUAUAAAAUUGUGUCUUUCGUAGACUACUUUAAUCUCGUCGCCAACUUACCGACAAAUUUCGUUCAUUGCAAUUGGAAAAAAAAAUUUUUUUGUCUAGUCCUGUUUUUAUCAUUUUUCUGCAUC